GUCACAGCCCCACCUGUGCGGUCUCCAGUCGGGCUGUGAACGCGGCGCGGCGUUAGCAGUGCGGUGGCACCUUUCACUACACUUCCCACCAUUCCACAGCUGCACGCACCGCUGAGCCCCGCCGGCUCCGCAUUCUCUCUCUCCCUCACAGGGACGCGCACGGAGCCAUGUCGUCUUCCAUCCCAGCCGUGUCCGUAGACGUAGAACGUCGCAGGCGCCGCUCCACAGCCGACAGCCAAGAGCCACCGUGGGACCACGAACCAAGGGGUCAGCGGCGUGGCUCACUGUGUGACCGUCUCUGUGUGGGUAGCCUGCACCCAGAGCUGAUGGAAACAGUCUCUCCAGCCCUGUCCUACCAGCAGAGCCAAGCUACCUCCAAAUGCCUGUCAGGACAGAGGAGGUACUCCUCUCCUUCCCGAUGUCCCCACGGCUCCACUGAAAUGUGGGAUGAUGGUACCUGUAAGACCACGAUCCGGGCAGAGAAUGAGGUGGAGGCACACAAGCAGGUCAACAACUACAGGUUUGGAUUCAGGAAGUGGAAGAGCCAUGUGACUGAGCGGCCGUUUGAAGAUAGAUCAGACAUUGUGAAAGAGCUUUACUCUGAGCUCAAUUUUGUAAAACCCUACACAGGUUCUUUAGUCACAUGUGGAAAUAUCAUAUAUGUUCUUCUUUUUGCAUGGUGGAUUUCCCUGAUGUACAUGUUGGUUAGCCUCUUGAUGUUUCUCACAGUGAUUGGUGUCCCCUAUGGGAAGCUUUGCUUGAAAUUGUCUUAUUACUUUUUGUGGCCAUUUGGGAAGUCAAUCCAAAAGGGCACCAGCAUGAUGAAGAAGUGCUGCGUGAAGUUCCCCAAUUGUGAGGCUAUCCCAGAGGUUGAUGAGGUCAAGGAGACUUCCCCUCUGCUCAAGUCUUUCUCUGCUGACCCACUAACCCAAUGCACCCAGAGCCCUCAAGACUUCGAGAGGCCCCAAUACUGGCGCCGCAUGAGCACAUAUGUAUGGCUGUUUCUGGGCUACCCGCCCCUGUGUGUGGUACAUAUCCUGGCCUGCCUCAUAUCCUGGAUGCUGGUCUUCACCAUCCCAGUGGCCAAAAUGAAUGUCAGGACCAUGGCCUCCAUCCUUGUCUUGUCCCCUGAGGAGGUCCACAUUACUUUUCCUGGCAGAAAUCAAGGCUGUGAGACCAAAACUCUUCUCUGUUGCUACCAUGCCUUCAACUGGUACUACUACAAAUACGCAGUAGAUGGGAUCAACGUAUUUGCUGUCAAUCUACUGCCUCUGGUCAUCAUUACCCUGGUGAUUGGCUACGCAGAUGAAGAGAAUCGCUUUGUCAGCUCAGAGGUCAAAUUUGUCUGUGCUAUAAGUUCAAUUAUGCCACUAUCAUACUAUAUCGGCAUGGGCAUUGCCAGUAUCUCGGCACAAAGUAACUUUGCGGUGGGUGCCGUAGUGAAUGCCACCUUUGGCUCCAUCAUAGAACUGACCUUCUACAUCACAGCUCUCCUCCAGGGACACCAUGCAGGGACCAAGUGCUAUGAGGAAAUUGUCAAAUCUGCCCUUACAGGAACCCUGCUGGGAUGUAUCCUCUUUAUUCCUGGGAUGUGUAUGAUUGUCGGUGGCUGUCGGCACCAGGAGCAGAGGUUCAACAGCCGUUCAGCAGGAGUCAGCUCCGCUUUGCUUUUCAUCUCAGUGGGAGGCGUGUUCACUCCAACACUCUUUUCCAAGGCUUAUGGAAACCUGGUGUGUGAUAAUUGUUCCAAUAUUGGCAUCAAUGGCAGUGACUCCUUGGCCUGCAAGGACUGCCACUACGACCUGAGUGAAAAUAACUAUUCCCUUUUCCACAGCCACAUCGAGCCACUAGUUUACACCGUCUCCAUCCUGCUGCCUGUCGCCUACCUCACCGGCCUCAUCUUCACACUGAAGACACACUCGCACAUCUAUGACAUCCACAUCAGUGGCUGCCAAGUGUCUGGGCAUCACGGUGCGGUGGUGCACUGGUCUAGGUGGAGAGCUCUGCUAAUCCUCAUUGUGGCCACCCUGCUGAUGUCUGCUUGUGCUGACCUGGUCACUGAACAUCUGAAGCCCAUCCUGGUGAACUCUAGUGUCUCACAGUACUUUAUUGGCGUCACUGUGCUGGCGAUGGUGCCCGAAAUCCCAGAGGUGGUCAAUGGAAUCCAGUUUGCCCUUCAAAACAACAUGAGUUUGAGCCUGGAAGUUGGAAGUUGUCUAGCAGUCCAAGUGUGUAUGCUGCAGAUCCCCCUGCUCAUCCUGUUUAAUGCUUUCUAUGAUGUGGGAUUUGUGCUGAUAUUUAGUGAUUUGCACCUUUGGUCCAGCAUCUUCAGUGUCAUACUGGUCAACUACAUCUUCAUGGAUGGGAAGUCAGAUUACUUUCAGGGUACUGCUCUGGUUGCAGUCUACCUCAUCCUUCUGGCCCUCUACUUUUUUGCUCCCUCUCCUGCUGGAUGCUGAAAAGGCUGAGGAACAUCUUAGUUAUGCCUUGUUUCCUGCUAACACUUCUCACAAAGUCCAAGUUGUUGUGACUUCCUGCUGUAUACAGAAAAUGAGCAGUUUCCUUGAUUGGUCACACAAUGGUUUCUUUUUGGAUGUCUUAUCAGGGAUAUAAUUUAGGAGGGACAAUUAUAUCUUUCAGUGUGAGGCUCACUUUGGGGUGGCAUAAGUCUGCUGUUACUUGUAGCAGUUACCCACACAUUAAAUGGACUGGAUGAGAUGUUUAAUAGCAUAUGGUGUACUUGAUUGUAACUUAAAAUACUUUGUUUUUUAGUGUAACUGAACUGUUUCAAGAAGCUAGUGAAAAUAAAACAUUUUUGUAAAUUUAAUGUUUUACUAAAACAAUGGGAAGUCAAGUUUAUGCAGACUAAGUGCACAUCCUAUUAAUGCUUUAACUCAAUUAAAAUAUUCUGCUACAUUGUGUAAAAUCUACUGCUUUUGCAUUAGUGGCUUUUUUUUGAGUUAUAAGGUUACAUUCAGCUCAGAGGGAUGGCUGUAAAGGAUUUCUCAUGCAAGGGCAAGACUGCUUCACUGUUGCAAAGUUCCCAUACCCUCUAUAUAUUACAUUUGGCCUAGUUGGAAAUGGAUGAUUAAUAUUGCUGCAUACUAAUUAUUUGAAGCUGAUCAGAAGGAAGUGGUGUUAAUGAUCCUGAUAUCCCCUCUAGGGUUAAUGUAUGAAGCAAAGUAUAUAAAAUACUUACAGUACAAGUUUAUUUUUUCAUUUCAGCAAUGAGAACACAAAACAAUUACAAGUACAGAUAUGUAGUGAUUGCCUUAAAACCAUUUCCUGCAUGGCCAGGGAUGGGACUUCAGUCCAGGAAGACCCUCUUCAUCACAAUGAUUCAGAUAAAAACCUUAAGCACACUGGGUUCUAGUUCCAAGCUUAAGAAAUGGAGGGAGAAGUUUUUUUU